GGCAUGGGCGGCCAGGGCUGCGCGGCCCCGCGGCCCCCGCGCCGCCCCAGCGCGCUGUAGCGGGGCGGGGGGCGGAGGGAGGAGGGCGGCGAUGCCCCGCGCCGAGCCCAGCCCGCCGCUGUGCUGAGCCGGCGGGGCUGGCCGCAGGCUGGGAGCGGGACAUGGUGCUGGAGCCGCCCGUGGCGCUCCCCGCGUGAGGAGCGAGGCCGCGGUGAGGGAGCCGCGAGGAGCCGGCGGAGGAGCCAUGGGGAGAUGCAACGGGCGGUGCACGCUGGUGGGAUUCUGCUGCCUGCAGCUGGUCGCGGCGCUGGAGCGGCAGAUCUUUGAUUUCCUGGGAUACCAGUGGGCCCCCAUCCUGGCGAACUUCUUACACAUCAUGGCCGUGAUUUUGGGUAUUUUUGGGACGAUCCAGUACAGAUCCAGAUACCUCAUGAUGUACGCGGUGUGGUUGGUGCUGUGGGUCGGCUGGAACGCCUUCAUCAUCUGCUUCUACCUGGAGGUCGGGCGCUUGUCACAGGACCGAGACUUCAUCAUGACCUUCAACACGUCCCUGCACCGCUCGUGGUGGAUGGAGAACGGCCCGGGCUGCCUGGUGACGCCCGUGCUCAACUCCAAGCUGGCGCCCGAGGAUCACCACGUUAUCACGGUCAGCGGCUGCCUGCUGGACUACCAGUACAUCGAGGUGGUGAGCAGCGCCACGCAGAUCUUCCUGGCGCUCUUCGGCUUCGUCUACGCCUGCUACGUCAGCAAGGUGUUCCUGGAGGAGGAGGACAGCUUUGAUUUCAUCGGCGGCUUUGACUCCUACGGGUACCAGGCACCGCAGAAGACGUCGCACCUGCAGCUACAGCCGCUCUACACCUCGGGAUAACGGGAGCCAGCGGCGCCAGGACCCCGGCGGAGCCCCCCCCGAUGUCACCCCCGAUGUCACCCCCGAUGUCCCGUCCCCUCCUGCAGCCCCGCACCCCGAGCAGCGCCGGGAGCCGCUCGCCCGCCCGCGGAGCCUCCGAGCCCAAAGCAGGCGGGGCUGCGCCACCGCGGCUCCCUGCCCGCCCUGGGGACACGGGGACAAUGGGGACACGGGGACACGGGGACAUGGGGACAGGCUCCCAGGGCACCGCCCGCUUCUGCUUCUCCCGGCCCGGCUUUUCCUUGGAGCGGCGCGGAGCCGGAGUGCGCGGCUUUGGGACAGGGACAGCCUCGGGGACAGGGCACGGCCGCCCCGGGCCGGGACAGCUCCCGCAGCUCUGGAUCUGCGCUCACACUGCCGCCGAACACCGGAUCGUGCUCCCGGCAGGAAUCUUCCAGCCCCCCGCUCCUGGAUGAAGGGUCUGGGGUGCUACGAGGAGCUGGAUCCAUCCUUCAGCAUCGCCUCAACCCCCAAAUUUGGGACGUGGGUGGCACACAGGACCCGAAAUCCGCCUGCAUUUUGGGCUUUUGCUCCGACCUGGAACAGCGACUGCGGCAGCACAGCCCCUCCCCGGCUGUUCGAACGGAUUGAUGAAUGUUUGGGGUUGCUUUGGGAUUUAUUUCCGAUCAUUCCGUUGGGUUUUUAUUUAAUUUAAAGUGCCUGAGUAGACUCUGGCUGAGCCGGGCCCCCCCAAGGCUGACCCGGUGCCUUCAGCAUCGCUGGGACCCUCCCAGGGCUCCCCAAAACCUCGCCCAGGGCUGGGGGGUCCCUCCCCUGGAAACGGGGGGGUCUCGGUGCCAAAUCCAGCUCCAGCGGCACAGGGACAUGGUGAGAGGGGAGGGAAUUUGGGGGGUGGGAGGUGGGCUGGGCAGGGAGCGCUUUGCAGAAGGAAGAUCAGCUGGGAAGGAAAAGCCUUGGAAGGAAAAAAGGAGAAGUGUCCCAGCUCCCCACAGCCCGCUCGGUCCGUGCGGAUCCUGGAGCCGCCCUGCCCCCCGGAGCUGGGACUGCGGCUGGAUUUCACCUCCCAGCUGCUCCUCCUCCAGUGCCAGGGCAAUGUUUACACCCUGCAAUGGUUUUUUGGUGCUUCCCAGCAGGGAGCUGUGGAAGUGCCACCGCCCGGAACUGGGAUGGGCUGAGCCCCCCCAGCCCCCGACACCUCCAGCCAAGCUGUGAACUCUGCAGGCAAUAAUUUUUCCACCUUUUCCCUCUCUUUUUUUCCAAGGAAAAUCGUGGUUUUUUUCAGGCAGUGAUCCCCCUCAUCCCCCAGAACAUAUCCCCAUCGCCAAGCCCCAGGGCCAGCAGCAUCUUGGGGGUUUAUUUUCCUCUCCAGGACCAAGGAUGCUCCGCUGGGAUGGGAUGGGAUGGGAUGGACAUGCAGACACUGCCCUGCUCCCAACCCUUCCCAAACCCAGCAGGAAGAGCUCGCUGGCAUCAAAGCUCUUGGGAGGAGCCUCCCUCCCCUGGGCUCCACAGGAGCCGGGCACGGCGCUCCGGACCUUGGGUGUUUCUGUUCCUUUGGCUUGGUUUUCUAUGAGCCCGUCUUUGUAACGUGAACCGAGGAUUUCUUUUCUAUUCUGUAAUUAUAAAAGUCAAAGGAAAGUUUC